ACUGGCUAUUGCUUAAGCACAAGCCAUACUGGAUUUUGUUAAAGGGAAAUAGAUUUGUUUUUUUUAACUGCUUAUACAUUGCUAUAUGAGCUAUGUCUGCUCUUGGGGUUGCCUCCAAGUUAAGACAGCCAGCUGUAGGAUCAAAGCCAAUUCAUACUGCCCUACCUAUUCCACAUGUUGGCAGGACGCUGUCACAACAUUACUCCUCAAGGUCCUUGGAGCUUACAAGGACAGAUAAGUCAGUGAAAUCUUGUCAAGUCACAUUAAAGUCAUCUUGUGAUUUUGAAGGAAAGAAAACCCUGCAAGAAAAUAAAAAGGAGUCAGAAGACAGCAAGAUUUACACAGACUGGGCUAACCACUACCUUGCAAAAUCUGGUCACAAGAGGUUUAUAAAGGACUUGCAGCAAGACAUUACUGAUGGUGUUCUACUUGCAGACAUUAUCCAGAUUAUUGCAAAUGAAAAAGUUGAAGAUAUCAAUGGCUGUCCGAAGAGUCAAUCACAGAUGAUUGAAAAUGUUGAGGUCUGUCUGAAUUUCUUGGCUGCCAGGGGAGUAAAUGUCCAAGGUCUCUCUGCUGAAGAAAUAAGAAAUGGAAAUUUGAAAGCCAUUUUAGGACUGUUUUUCAGUCUAUCGCGCUUCAAACAGCAACAACAUCAGCAGCAACAGUAUUAUCAGUCGCUAGUUGAGCUUCAGCAGCACGUAACGCAUUCCACCUCACCAUCUGAAGGGAGCCAGGCCAAAACCCAACAAGAUAUGCAGUCCAGUCUGGCAGCCAGAUAUUCAACUCAGUCUAAACACAGUGGAAUUGCAUCCAGUCCAAAAAAGACUACUAGACUUCCAGGACCUUCCAGGGUGCCAGCUGCGGGCAGCAGUACCAAGGGUCAGGGAACAGCAAAUUUAAAUCGAAGAAGUCAAAGCUUUAAUAGCAUUGACAAAAAUAAACCACCUCAUUAUGCAAAUGGUAAUGAAAAAGAAUCACCAAAAGGCCCUCCACAGUCUGCAGGCAUGAAUGGAAAUGUGCAAUACCCCACUAGCCCUAGUCAACAGGUGGUCUCUGCCAUACCUUCUCCAAGUGCCAGUAAACCUUGGCGGAGUAAAUCUAUGAAUGUCAAACAUAGUGCCACUUCUACCAUGCUCUCUGUAAAGCAGCCCAGCCCAGCAACCUCCCCUACAGCAACAGACAGACUAAAACCUCCAUUGUCAGAAGGAGUUAAAACAUCUUCGUCUGGGCAAAAAUCCAUGCUGGAAAAAUUUAAACUAGUUAAUACUAGGGUAGCUAUGAGAUCUCAAUCAUCUUCAAAUGAAGUUAUAAAAGAAGAUGAAAUAUUAUCAGAAUGUGGAGAAAAUGAUGGGAGCUCAACCUUUAGUAGUCCAAAAAUAUCUCACAAAUUGACUCCUCCGAAAGCUGGAAGCAAAAAUCUCAGCAAUAAAAAGAGUUUGCCUCAGCCAAAAGAAAAGGAUGAUAGAAGUAAGGACAAAUGUAAAUCAAACCCAGAGAAAGCUUCUAGAGAAGAAAAAGAUCAGACGUCUGAGGGAUCUAAAAAAAGUUCCAAAAUAGCAAGCUUGAUCCCAAAAGGUAACAAAACUGCUGCUGUAAAAAAAGAAAGUUUAAUUCCUUUAUCGAGUGGGAUACCUAAGCCUGGGUCAAAAGUGCCUGCAGCAAAGCAGACCACAUCUCCAGGAUCUGCUGUUGCAAAAGAACUAGAAAAAAGUAGGACUUCAAAAGGAAGUCAGACACUAUCCUCUCAGAAGUCCCAUACAAGUGAAAAAGCAACAACACCUUCAGAAGGGAAGUCUGCUGCAUCCUCCACAAAUCACUCAACGUCAACUGGUGGAACUGGUGCAACCGUCCAGUUUUCAGGAAAUGGGGCCGUGCAGCUACCCCAGCAGCAGUACACACACCCCAACACUGCAACUGUGGCACCUUUCAUUUAUAGAACACUUUCAGAAAAUGACAGCUCUUCUUUGCUACCUGCUGACUCCUGUACAAGUCCAACGAAAAGUGACUCAUCAUACAGUAAGACUGCCAAACAGUGCCUAGAGGAGAUAUCUGGUGAGGACCCAGAGACACGGAGAAUGAGAACAGUAAAAAAUAUAGCAGAUCUAAGACAAAAUCUAGAAGAAACUAUGUCUAGCUUGCGUGGUACACAGAUAAGUCACAGUACACUUGAGACAACCUUUGACAGCACUGUGACAACAGAAGUUAGUGGAAGAAGUUUACCCAGUUUAUCAGGUAGAUCCUCUGCAGUGACUUGGAGACUUGGGCAAGCUAGCCCCAGGCUUCAAGCUGGAGAUGCUCCAUCUUUGGUUGGUGCUUACCCGAGAAGCAAUGCUGGGCGCUUUAUACAUACGGACCCAUCACGCUUUAUGUACACAACACCUCUUCGACGUGCUGCCAUAUCCCGUCUUGGCAACAUAUCACAAGUUGACAUCAACGAAAAGGGAAAUCAUGACCUUGACCUGUCCUCAGAAGUGGAUGUGGGAGGAUAUAUGAGUGAUGGGGAUAUCCUUGGCAAGAGUCUUAGGGCUGAUGAUAUCAACAGUGGCUAUUUGACAGAUGGGGGACUCAAUCUCUACACCAGAAGUCUUAACAGAAUUCCUGACCUUGCAUCUUCUCGUGAUGUCAUUCACAAAGGAGUACAUGAUGUCACUGUGGAUGCAGACAGUUGGGAUGACAGCAGUUCCGCUAGCAGUGGCCUUAGUGACACCCUUGAUAACCUCAGUACGGAUGACCUAAAUACAACAUCAUCCAUCAGUUCCUAUUCAAACAUUGUUUCCCCUAGAAAAAGUAGUCAAAAGCAGUUGAAAGAUGCUGAGAAACGAUCCUUGACAGAUUCUGAACCAUGGUGCUCUGACGAAAUGAAGAAACAAGAGGAAGAGUUUGAUUUGGCUAUGGACACAAGUGGCAAAUGGAAAAAUGUUCAGCCUGGAAUGUCUGAAGAAUCAGAGAAAGGUGGCCAGAAAUCUCUCUCAGUCUCCCAGACGGGCUCAUGGAGACGUGGUAUGACAGCUCAGAUUGGGACAACAUCUACAAGACACAAAUCUGGAAGUGGCUCACUUAAAACACCAGUAACAGGAAAAACCGAUGAUGUAAAAGCUUCAGAAAAAGUAAAGACCCCUCUAAAAGGAAGCCCACUUCAGCGGUCACCUUCAGAUGCUGGAAAAAGCAGCGGCGAUGAAGGGAAAAAACCACCCUCUGGAAUUGCAAGACCAACUGCUACUGGUUCUUUUGGAUUUAAAAAGGCUGGAGUUGCCCCAUCGACUAUGGUGACUGGAAGUGGAGUAACUAUUAAUAGUGGAUCAGCAACUCUGGGGAAGAUGCCUAAAUCAUCUGGUAUUGGAGGAAAGGGUGCAGGGAGGAAGACCAGUCUUGAUGGGUCACAGAAUCAAGAUGAUGGAGUGUUGUUGGCUAAUUCCAAAUCAACCCUGCAAUAUCGUAGUUUACCCCGUCCUUCAAAGUCCAGCACCAGUGGUAUUCCAGGGAGAGGGGGGCACAGAUCUAGCACUAGUAGUAUUGAUUCCAAUGUCAGUAGCAAAUCAGCAGGUGCUGCUGGCACUAAACUAAGAGAGCCCUCAAAGUGUGGAUCAGGUCGCUCCAGUCCAGUCACCAUCAACCAAACAGACAAGGAGAAGGAAAAAGUAGCAGUGUCAGAUUCAGAGAGUGCGUCCCUGUCAAGUUCACCUAAAUCCAGUCCAACAUCAGCUAGUGGCUGUGGUACACAAGGACUCCGGCAACCAGGUUCAAAGUAUCCAGAUAUUGCAUCGCCUACAUUCCGACGGUUGUUUGGUGCUAAAGCAGGAAAUAAGCCUUCCUCCACUACAAGUUCUGAUGGUACAAAAGCCACUUCUGUGAUGUCAAACCCUAGCAACACUUCCUUAGCCAGACAGGGCAGUUUGGAUUCCCCAUCCUCUGGCACAGGAAGUCUGGGCAGUGCUGGUGCGCAGAGUGGUAGUAGCAGCCCUCUGUUUAAUAAACCAUCUGAGUUAACAUCUGAUGUCAUAAGUUUAGGUCAGUCUUUGGCCUCUAGCCCAGCAUCUGUUCAUUCAUUUACAUCUGGGGGACAAGUAUGGACAGCAAACUUAAGCAGCUCUUCUGCUGGAAGUAAGGACACACCAAGUUACCAAUCAAUGACAAGUCUCCAUACUAGUUCUGAAUCUAUUGAUUUGCCCCUUAGCCAUCAUUGUUCGUUAUCUGGACUGACCACAAGCACACAGGAAAUUCAGAGUCUGCUUAUGAGGACUGGUAGUGUAAGAUCUACUCUUUCAGAAAGGGGUUUUCUGUACCUUAACAAUAUGCAACUUGACCGAAAUACACUACCAAAAAAGGGACUAAGAUAUACACCGUCAUCCCGGCAGGCAAGUCAGGAGGAAGGCAAAGAGUGGUUACGCUCUCAUUCAACAGGUGGACUACAGGACACAGGCAGCCAGUCUCCUCUUGUGUCUCCAACAAGCUUGUCAUCAUCUACUGCCGGAAAAUAUCACUACUCCAAUUUGGUGAGUCCAACCAACCUGUCUCAGUUUAAUAUCCCUGGACCAAACAUGAUGCGAUCCAACAGCAUUCCAGCACAAGACUCUUCAUUUGAAUUAUAUGAAGAUUCACAGCUGUGUGGAAGCGCCACGUCACUAGAGGAAAGGCCACGAGCAAUCAGCCACUCAGGUUCUUUCAGAGAUAGCAUGGAUGAAGUGCAUGGAUCUUCUUUAUCACUGGUCUCCAGCACUUCGUCUCUCUACUCCACUGCGGAAGAAAAGGCACAUUCAGAGCAAAUCCAAAAACUACGGAGGGAGCUGGUUGCAUCCCAAGUAAAGGUGGCCACUUUAACGUCACAGCUUUCAGCUAAUUCUCAUUUGGUGGCUGCUUUUGAGAAGAGCUUAGGAAAUAUGACGGGAAGACUGCAAAGUCUAACAAUGACAGCUGAACAAAAGGAAUCAGAACUCACCGAACUUCGAGAAACAAUAGAAAUGCUGAAAGCUCAAAAUUCUGCAGCCCAAGCUGCUAUUCAAGGGGCCCUCAAUGGAUCAGAUCACCAUCACAAAGAUAUGCGAAUAAAGAGGCAGCAUUCUUCAGAAAGUGUUUCAAGUAUUAACAGUGCCACAAGUCAUUCAAGUAUUGGCAGCAGCAAUGAUGCAGAUUCUAAGAAAAAGAAAAAGAAAAAUUGGCUCCGAAGUUCUUUUAAACAAGCUUUUGGCAAGAAAAAGUCCAAUAAAAAUCCAGCUUCCCAUUCAGAUAUUGAAGAACUCACUGAUUCCUCCGUGCCAUCCUCUCCAAAAUUACAACACAGUUCUGAAGACACAGGUUCAUCCUCCAUGAAGCCAUCACAAUCUGCGUCUGCGUCAUGUUUAACCUGGGUACCAAAGAAACGACAAAAUGGUCACGUGAUCUACAAGCAUAGAUCUCGGAUCUGCGAAUGCACAGAAGCUGAAGCUGAAAUUGUCCAGCAGCUUAAGGGUGAAUUGAGAGAGAAAGAGCUAAAGUUAACAGACAUUCGCCUAGAGGCCCUUAGCUCCGCGCAUCACCUUGACCAAAUCAGGGAAGCGAUGAACCGCAUGCAGAAUGAAAUUGAAAUCUUGAAAGCUGAGAAUGACCGGUUGAAAGCCACCACAACUGGCAGUACGGCCAGGCCUUCCUCUGAAUCCUCAGGCAGCACGUCCUCCUCUUCUUCACGGCACUCACUAGGCUUUUCGUUAAAUAAUCUGAAUAUUACAGAAACGGUUGCAACAGAUACAAUACUAGAUGACAUACAAGAAGGGACAAUCCAUAAAGAAGGUCGCAGUGUUAAGAUUAUGGUAUCUAUCAAUAAAGGAUAUGGACGAACAAAGGAUGCAAAGAGCCAUCAGUAUUUAAUAGGAUCUAUUGGUGUGAGUGGAAAGACAAAAUGGGAUGUUCUAGAUGCAGUAAUCAGGCGUCUAUUUAAGGAGUACAUUUAUCGCAUAGAUCCAGCUUCCAAUUUAGGAUUAUCUACUGAUUCCAUAUCCAGUUACUGCAUAGGAGAUUUAGUUAGAGCAAAUAAUAUUGAAGUGCCUGAAAUGCUACCCUGUGGAUAUCUUGUUGGUGACAACAACAUAAUCACUGUGAACCUUGAAGGAGUUGAAGAAAACAGUUUGGACAGUUUUGUGUUUGAUACCCUCAUUCCUAAACCAAUUACUCAGCGCUUCUAUAAUUUAUUGAUGGAACAUCACAGGAUUAUAUUAUCUGGACCCAGCGGCACAGGAAAGACAUAUCUAGCAAACAAACUUGCUGAAUAUGUUAUAAAUAAAAGUGGCAGAAAGAAAAUUGAGGAAGCCAUUGCAACCUUUAAUGUGGAUCACAAAUCAAGCAAAGAGCUAAGGCAGUACCUGGCUAAUCUUGCAGACCACUGUAGUUCUAACAAUGAUACAGAUCUUCCGAUGGUAAUUAUUCUUGAUAACCUUCACCAUAUUGGAUCCCUGAGUGAUAUAUUCAAUGGAGUUCUUAACUGCAAAUACAGUAAAUGUCCGUACAUUAUUGGCACAAUGAACCAAAGUGUUUCUUCAUCUCCAAAUUUAGAGCUGCACCACAACUUCAGAUGGGUAUUAUGUGCAAACCAUACAGAUCCAGUUAAAGGCUUCCUUGGAAGAUAUUUAAGAAGGAAAUUAAUUGAGACAGAAAUAGAAAGAAACAUGAGGAACAAUGACCUCAUAAAGAUUAUAGACUGGAUUCCCAAGGCAUGGCACCAUCUUAACAGUUUUUUAGAAGCACAUAGCUCUUCUGAUGUUACUAUUGGUCCUCGUCUUUUCCUGUCCUGUCCUAUGGAUGUAGACAGCUCCAGAAUAUGGUAUACAGACCUUUGGAACUAUUCAGUAAUUCCGUAUCUCCUGGAAGCUGUUAGAGAAGGCCUUCAAAUGUACGGCAAACGAGCCCCAUGGGAAGAUCCAUCAAAGUGGGUAUUAGAAACAUUACCUUGGAACAAUGCUUCUGUACAGCAUGAAUGCCCAGCCUUACUUCAGUUAAGACCAGAAGAUGUGGGGUAUGAUGGAUAUGCCACUGCCAAAGAGGGAACAACUUCCAAAAACGUUCCAGAGAGUGAAAAAGAAGGUGAUCCUUUGAUGAGCAUGUUAAUGCGUCUGCAAGAAGCCGCCAACUUUUCCAGCUCACCAAGCUGUGACACUGAUAGCACAAAGCACCAUGAUGAAAUCUUGGAUCCAUCGCUCGAAUCAACUCUCUAGGGAAACAAUGCUGGACUGGAUUGCAAAAAUAUUAAAAAUAUAUAUAUAUUUUUCCACUUUUUUCCUGCCGCCCUCUAGUCCUGCUGUCAAGUUAAAGAGCUGGUGUGCAGAAAACCUUCUUUUGGAAAAGGUUAAAAAAUGAAAGCGGAAAACUUGAAUAAGUUUAAUUUCAAGGUUAUUUAUAUCAUUGACAUAGAGGAAGUCUCCAUUGGUCAACUGGAAAUGGCCCUAGAAUAACAAAACCAAGGGCAAACAAGCAGAUUGCACAUUUGUUAGCCAAACUGGAAUUAAUAUUAUUUUCUUUUCUAAAAGGUUUACAGCACAGUUGUGUGUAUUAUGUGUUUUUUUUAAUUACAUACUGUAUUAAUUGUGCAGUGUUUUUUAAUCCACUUCAAACCUCUGAUGUAUAUCAUAGUGCCGGUCACUUGGCUACAUUAGUGUGAUUGUUGUGUCGUUGCCUCCAAACAAAAUCAAAAGAUGGUCCUCAGAAAAAGCACAAAAGAGUAUUGUGCAUCUGCCAGAAAAUCUACUGUGAUAUACUGGAUAAGUGCCAAUUUAAUUCUGAACUGCCAUGCUCACAAUUAUGAAUUCUGUGGUGUUUUCAACUCUUUAGUGUUUAAGUUACUUUUCUUUUUUUCCUGUUCUGCUGUACAUCACCACUACGGUCUUUAUGAACCACCUGCCCACCCCCCUUAAACAGUUUUAUAAAAAUUAUUGAAGAAUGCUGAUUAACGGCUGUCCUUGAGAGCGUGUGGAGCCUUGUCCGUAUAGGAAGAUAAACCAGAUUUCCUAUGGUGCUGUCUGACUGCCUUAAAAUAGUUCUUGAUAGUUUUACUGCCAACUAUCUCUCAAGACCCUUCGUGCUGCUUUUUCUUUUACCAUUUACAAUGUAAUAUGCCACUUGUCACAGUACCCUCUUGUGUCUCAUUAUUUUGUAAAGAUUUUAUGAUAAACAGUAAUUACUACACUACACUGUGUAGCAUUAAGUUUUUGAGAGUAGAUUCAUUUUCUUAAUCUCCGAAAUACAGGUAAACAGCACACUUCUGCCAUCACUUCAUACUGAAACAGGUGGUUUUAAAUAGUAUCCCCCUUUAUGAAAACAAUGAAUCCUUGUUGAAACAAUAUUUUGAAUGAAUUUCCAGCAGAGCUGGACGCACUUGAUAAAGCAUGAGCACAAAUGUUUUAUUUCCUCAUAACCCCAUCUCCUUAUGAGUUUAGGCAUGUUUGAAUUGCUUCUAAUGUACAUGGGUUUUUCAGUGUCAAAAGACACUGGAUAAGUGUAGAGUUUUUAUUAAAACAAAUGGGUUGGUUUUGCACAUUCUCCUGGGUGGGUAUUGUAAAUAAAUAGCAUUAAUGAGAAUCAAAUGCCUUGCACCAAUUAAAUAAAAUUGAACAAAACAAAUUUAUAUUCUUUCCUGUUGGUGUAUGUUUCACUUGCUGGAAUCCUCUGUUUUGUUGUAAACGAAUACAGAAUGCAAACUUUAAGCUGGUUUAUGUCCUGUUCUUACAUUUGUUAUGACUAUGCAGGAGCUAUCGAUGCUACAGUGAGCAUGUUUCAAAAUCUAUAUAUGGAGCCAAUUCAUUAUUGAGAAAUGUCACACUUCGAACAGGUUGCAUGAAACCUGAUGAUUGAUAGAAUUGGAAAUGUGACUGAACAAGCAAGACAAAAAUUAAGUUAAGGGCUAUGGCAUUGUGUAGAAAUAAAAAAAUAAUAAAACAGAUUCUACCUUCAACAUCUAUAAACUGGUGCUACUAACCUGUCGUGGCCACAACUGGUCAUUUACUGUAAUUCCUAUACAAAAAUAAUUAAAUAGAUACAAUGAAUAGCGUUUUUAAUGAAACAAUUUCCUACACGGUGCUAUUGCCCAAAUGCACACCAGUAAUAAUUUUAUGCAUGUGCAAUUAUAUCAACUUUUUUUGGCCUAGACAUUUAGACCGACAACUAUUUUGAAGUAUAUGUUUUAUCAACUUGCUGACAGUUAGGGCCACAUUGAAUUGCUAUCUAUCUGGCAGCCGAGGGGUUAAUGACUGGCUCCAAUUACCAUGUGUCUGUUAUUAUAUGUAAUCUCAAUAAACCUGCAACCUUUUUCUGUUAUAUUUGAUGUGCACACCAGACAUCUCCAUAUACAGAACUUCCUGAAGUGCAUCUCAGUGAGUAUAUGUAGUUUACAACAAAGAAAAAAAAAUAUUUGUGAAACAUUUGUCUGUACACAUUUUAUAUUUUGUACAUUUUUGAUGUAACAUAUCAUGUAAAUAGACAGAAGCAGUGAAAUAAUUCAUCUGAAAAGUUUUGUAGUCUUUGUAAAGCCUAAUACGUUUUGGUGUAAUCAAACUUUAUUGGAUAAUGUCUUUUCUAUAAGUUGAUUGUUCUUUUAGCUUGUAAACCAGCUUGCAUCUAUUUUUUGCAAAUGUGUGUGGUGUAUCUGUCUAAAUUAUUACUUUGCUAUUAAAGUGAAAUUAUUUAUUGAA